UGUGGAAAAAUCCAAAGGCUCUAAAGUCCGUCAGGCGUGUUGGUUUUGGCCGCUUUGGUUUGGAGCAUUCAAUUAGUUUUUUGUUUCCUUUUUAAAUUUUGGUUUUUUUUACCUUGGUUCAGCAGAUUCUGAAAGAUGACUUCGAUUGAAUCAAAGCGCGUGCAAUAUCGCAAGUACCUGGAACGGGCGGGAGUUAUUGAUGCUCUAAGCAAGGCGCUGAUCAAGCUCUACGAGGAGCAGAACAAGCCCGAAGAUGCCAUUCGAUUUGUGCGUAAAUUUAUGUGCGAGAGCUGCCCGGACGAUGCCCAAUACGACUUGAUGAAGAAUGAUUUGGAGGAGGCCAAAACGACAAUAGCUCGCCUGGAGCAGGAAUUGGAACGUCUGCGUGGACAAAUCAAGAAAUCACCUGAGGAAUACCAGGAGCUUACCAUGGCUGGCUACAAAUCUCUUAUCGACGACGAAGAGAACGUCAGCUCGCUUUUGCGUAAAUAUCUGACGCCUGAACUAUUAGAGGAGUACAUGCUGGUGACUACGUCGUCACCAGUGGAUGCAUAUCUGUAUGAUUGUGCCGUUUCUGGCUUUGAGCAUCACGACUCGGCUAUGGGCAUCUAUGCGGCGGACGCCGAGAGCUACGAUGUGUUUACCAAGCUAUUUGAACCGAUUAUCAGGGAGUAUCAUGGCCAGGAGGAGAACGAAAGCGAUGUCCUGCAGAAGGACAUCGACUGGGGAAAUGUGGAUGAGAUCGAGAAUCUGGAUGCGGAACGCAAAUAUAUACUAUCUGCACGUAUUCGCAUUGCCCGCAACAUUGAGGGCUUGCCGUUCUUCCCCAAGCUAACGGAGAAGCAACUGAUCGAGGUGGAGGAGAAGGUGCGUACCGCAACGGAGACCAUGGAUGGCGAACUGAUAGGCACCUACUUGACGCUGGCUGAUAUUGACUCAGAAACGCAACAGGAGAUGGUCAAGAGACAUAUACUGUUCCAGCGAGGCGAUCCAUAUCUGCAGACCGCUGGCUGUUACCGCUUUUGGCCCACCGGACGCGGUGUAUACCAUAAUCCUGCCGAGACGUUUUUGAUUUGGGUCAACGAAGAAGAUCACUUGCGUAUCAUAUCAAUGGCACAGUGCGGUGACCUGGGCGAUGUAUAUCAACGCCUCGUCACUGGAUUGCAGGAGCUGGAGAAAAAUCUAACCUUUGCGCGCCAUCCGAGCUAUGGCAAUCUGAGCGCCUGUCCCACUAACUUGGGCACCACACUGCGCGCCUCCGUGCACAUUCGUCUGCCUCUCUUAAGCAAGGAUGAGGAAAGAUUAAAGGCAAUGUCAGAGGAACUGUUCUUGCAGAUACGUGGCACUGGCGGCGAGCACACCGCCAUCGAGGAUGGCGUCAUGGACAUCUCGAACAAGCGUCGUUUGGGUUUCACCGAGUUCGAGCUGGUCAAGUCCCUUCAAGACGGCAUUGUGGCGCUCAUCAAUGCCGAGGAGGAGCUUGAGAUAGCCGGUCAGGAGGGUUAGUCUCGCCCAGCGAUAGCAACAAAACACAACGUAGACAGAAUAUGGGGCUGGAUGUUCGGUUUUACUCUAAACAAAUUGGCUUGUCUAUCAUAUUGUUCAAAACAAGGUACAUUAAUAUUCGGUUUAAUAAAUUUGAGCCCCCUGGAAAAAAA